AUGAUCAGGGCCCUACUGCUGUCUACAUUGGUGGCUGGAGCUCUCAGCUGUGGGCUCCCCACUUACCUGCCCAACCUGCCCAGGGUGGUUGGAGGUGAAGAUGUGAGAGCCAACGGCUGUCCCUGGCAGGUCUCCCUGCAGCACAGCUCCAAUGGCCAGUGGCGCCACACCUGCGGAGGGUCUCUGACAGACCAAAGCUGGGUCCUGACAGCUGCCCACUACAUCAGUUCCUCCAGGACCUACAGCGUGGUGCUGGGCCACCACUGCCUCGCCCCCCAUGAGCCCGGCUUGCUGGCCAUCAAGGUCUCCAAGCUUGUGGUGCAAGAGGACUGGAACUCCAACCAGCUCUCCAAAGGGAAUGACACUGCCCUGCUCAAACUGGCCAACCCCAUCGCCCUGACUGACAAGAUCCAGCUAGGCUGCCUACCGCCCGCUGGCGCCAUUCUACCCAACAACUACAUCUGCUAUGUCACGGGCUGGGGAAGGCUGCAGAGCAAGGAGUGUGGAAAAAAUGGCUGCUGCCUUGGAGAAGCAGGAUAG